AUGAUCAAAGCAUCAUCUAUAUUAAAAAACUGUAACUAUAGAUACAUACACUACAUCCCUAGAUGCUUGCUGAAUGAAGCUAAUUUGAAAGAUGCAAAAACUUACAAAAUAGAAAAAGCUUUAAAUGAAAAGACGUUUGAGCAAGCUCUUGAAGAGGAACGUAAGGUAUUUGGUGAAUUAUUUGAAGCUGGAGCAAAAGUUGAAAACAUGAGACACACCAAUGCGAGCAAAAUAAUUGAUAAGUAUUACAACGGGCUCUAUGAUAAUUCCAAAGGAACUGGCGUAAAGAAAGAAAAAAUUGUCUUUAAUCAUAGUCAAAGAACUCAAAGAGAACUUCCGAAUAAGGACCGUGAAUUUCUGAGGGAAACGGCGGGCAAUGAUUACGUGUAUGAAAGGGCGGAAUCUUCUGAAGUUGGCAAUAAAACGAUUAGUGAGCAAACAAGAACUCUGCUAGAAAAGAUAUUUGACGAAAAUAGUAGCCUUAACAAAAGCAACAGAGAAUCACUAACUCUCGAUCAGUACAAAAACUUGGGAACUCGAGUUUUGAAGGAACCAGUUACACAUUUGAACGUCAAAUUUAGCGAGGAAGUAAUGCAAGAAAUUGGUAAUAAAAUCCGCUACCAAACCACACUGGACCAGGUUUUGAAACCUCACAUUGAUUACCUGAGGGGAGCUGUUAAGAACGAUUACGAUCUUCUAGAAUACCUAAAGCAGUCAUUAGAGAUUUACAGGGAAAGGGACAAGGAUAUAGAGUCAAAGAUGAAUGCAGAAUCUUCAAAUAUUUUCGAAGAUAUUAGAACUUCGUGUAUAAACAAACCGGCAGAACUACCGAAACCGUUUGCAAUGACUUUACCAUAUAUCAUAGUCAAAUCGCUUACAUUAGCUGACUUUGAUUUUCCAGCAGACAGAAAAUAUACGUUGAUAUCCUAUGUUUAUAAUGAAUGCAAAAACAACAUGGACGUUUCACUAUAUUUAACAAUUUGUAAUGUUGAUUUCUACAAUUUGCUGGUUCAGUUAUUGUGGGAAAACUUCCAGGAGAUUCGCUAUUUGAGACGUGUGGUUACCGAGAUGAGCGUGAAUGGUGUCAUUGGAAAUAUUGAAACCGUGGAUAUACUAGAUAAGAUUGUCAAAGAAAUGAGAAGCUUAAAUGAGGAUGUUUUUCUUGAAACAGGAAAACAGCUCGAUGCAGAUGAGGAAGUCAUAUCAAGGGUAGAUAAAAUUGUGAAUGUGGGUGUUUUAUGGAAUAAAGACACGAACAAUGAUUUACUAGUUGUUGAAAAUUACCUAAAAAGCCUCAAAAAAAACUUAACUAGAGAUAGGUAG